AUGAUUGACCUCUCCAAGACCUUCAAUACGCUAGAAACUCAGCUUUCGCAGCUGGCAAGCUCGGCGUCAAGCGAUGUUGAAAAAAACAGCGCCGCCGUUGACAUAGCUCAAAGGAUCCUCGCGGCAGCUCGAGGACCGACACCAGACUGGAUGGACCGGAUGAUUAGUGUCAUGGAACUGACUGGACUUAAAUUGCUCCUUGACUGGAACGCCCUGGCCAUGAUACCAUUGGAGGGCGCUAUCACAUAUGCUGAGUUGGCCAAAAAGCUGUCCGCGGAUGAGCCUUUACUUCGACGGCUAGCCUGGGUGCUUGUUUCCAGCGGGAUGUUGCGUCAGGUGGAUGACGACAAGAUCGCGCAUACAGAGAAAUCACGCCAGUAUCUUCCCGGGACGUCUAAUGAACUCCUGCUACACAUGAUGUUCGAAGAGCAUGUUAUGACGGCUCUGAAGCUGCCCGAGUACUUUGAACAGUACGGCCGCCGGGAGCCGGCCACUCGGCAGCACACUCCCUAUGCAUUCUCACGCGGUCAGCCAGAAAAAGAGAUCUGGGAGAUUCACCAAGAGAACCCUGCGCAGGUGAAGAGGUUCAUGGGAGUUAUGGAGAUGGUGCAGUCAUUCAUUCCUCUGACUGGUAUUUACGACUUUGGUUGGGUGGAGACAAAGCUGUCUGAGCAGCAUGACAGACUGCUUCUCGUGGAUGUGGGUGGCAGCAAGGGCCACGCCAUCAAGGCGAUUAUGAAGGAGAACCCUUUUAUUCCAGCCGAUCGCAUAGUUCUCCAGGACAGAGAUGAGGUGAUUCAACAGGUUGUGGGCCUCAAAGAUUCGGGGCUCGAUGGUGUACACCUCCAGGUACACGACUUCCACAAAGCGCAACCUGUCAGAAACGCACUGAUCUAUUGGAUCCGGCGAUGUCUGCACGACUAUGGAGACGAUGUCUGCGCCACGAUGCUCACGCAGCUAUCGGAUGCCAUGAGUUCGGACAGUAAGGUACUCAUCGUCGAGUACGUCCUUCCGAGCCCUCCCCCGCCCAUUGGCGCCAUGACAGACUUCGGCAUGCUCGGAAUUGGGGGCAAGGAACGGACAGCCAAUGACUGGGAGGUGCUUGUUGCUAGGUCUGGGCUUAAGAUUGAGAAGAUUCAUGGCCUGGACAUGAAGAUGCAGGUCAUUGAGUGUGUCAAGGCCUGA